GUUUCUCCUUUUAACUCAGGCAUGUUGCCCUCGCCCCAGGUGUGUGUGUCUACUCUGGUGACAGUCAGCACGAUGGCAGUGGUUGACCUUUACCUGCUGGAGCAGAGCAUGCUGGGGCCUCGAGGCAGAGCUCGACCGGCGGUGUGGCCGUGCGUUGCCGUGGCGCUGGGUGACCUGUGCUUCCUGCUGGCUCUUCGCUUCAUCUCGGCCGGCGUGGUCUCCGAGGCGCGCUCCCCGCGUCGCGGCUUCGCCAACGCCCUCUGGUUUCUCUUCCUGUCGCUGCUUCAGCUCAAACUCUUCUUCGUGUGCCAGAACUACAGGCACGAGCCGCAGCCUUCCGAUCCUUUGGCAGGCAAGACGCUCACCCUCCUGCUCUCGGUUUGCCUACCCUCGCUUUUCCUCAUCCUGACCGGCGCCGAUCACAUGACGCCGCUACGCAGGAAGCAGGAAGUGCGUAGCCGGCUCUUGUGGGUGGUCGUGGACGUUCUGGACGUGUUGGACCUACAAGCGGGCCUGUGGGAAGCCCAGGGCAGCACCGGAGUUCCCCUUUGGGUGGAGGGUCUAGUGUUUUUCUACUGCUACGUGCUUCUGCUCCUGUUGCCCUGCGUCUCGCUCACCGAGCUGGGUGCGGCGGCUCUGCCAGGCCUGAGGGGAGCGAGGCGGGAAGCCAUCUAUCCGUGGCUUAGCCUGGUCACCAUUAAUGUCUUCACACUGGUGCUCAGAGGAGUUGGCAUGUUGUGGUACAGAGAUCCCCGGGUGUCAACAGUAUUCCUGGGUAAAAACCUCCUGGCCCUGGCUGUAAAGCUGAGCUCGGCUUGGGAGAGGUACAAGCAAGGUGGUGGGGGCGGCAGCGGCGGGUCGCGGGGAACGGGGACGGCGUCCGGGUCGGGGAACCUGAAUUUAGAGGCUGCUCCGGAACAAACGGAGGAACAAGGUCAAGGGUGUACGACACCGGUGACGCCCGGGUCACGCUACCACACGCUCUCACGCACUCACGGCCACAGCCACUCAACGCUGUCCCACGUCGGCCUGGAUCCGACAGAGACCUCCCUUGGGCCCGCCUACAUAUCCCAUGAGCUUUAG